AUGGGCUCGACAUCGACCUUGGCGGCCGAGCAAAUCGCUGUCCCCGAGACGCUCCUGAAGAAGCGCAGGACGAACGAGGCUUCCCGCGAGGCCAAGCUCCAGGCCGCUGCCAAGGCGAAGACUGAGUCCAAGCAGAAGCGCAAGGUCAUCUUCAAGCGUGCCGACCAGUACGUCAAGGAGUACAUCUCGCAGGAGAAGGAGGAGGUCCGUCUGCAGCGUGAAGCACGCAAGACCGGCGACUUCUAUGUCCCCGCCCAGGCCAAGGUCUACUUUGUCGUCCGUCUGAAGGGUAUCUCCAAAAUCGCCCCUAAACCCAAAAAGAUCCUCCAGCUCCUCCGUCUCCUCCAAAUCAACAACGGUGUAUUCGUCCGCGUCACCAAGGCGACCACCCAGAUGCUGCACAUUGUCGAGCCUUACAUCACCUACGGCGAGGUCAACCUCAAGGCCGUCCGUGAACUCAUCUACAAGCGCGGUUACGCCAAGAUCGACGGCCAGCGUAUCCCCAUCACCGACAACGCCAUCAUUGAGAAGCAGCUCGGCAAGUACGGUAUCAUCUGCAUGGAGGACCUCGUCCACGAGAUUGUCACCUGCGGCCCCAACUUCAAGCAGGCCACCUCAUCCCUCUGGCCCUUCAAACUUUCCAACCCCAACGGCGGAUGGAGGCCCCGGAAGUUCAUUGGCUACGUCGAGGGCGGUGACACCGGAAACAGGGAGAAGCACAUGAGCAAGCUCGUCCACCAGAUGGUGUAG